AAAAAUACCAACUUAUUUCACCAGUUUUGGGCAUAAUUUAAAUUUCAGUAAAAUAUAAUAAAAUUAGAUAAAGCCAAAUUCACAAGAAGAAAACAGAAUAUAUGAAAUAGAAAAUAUAAAAAACAUGGAGUGUUGUUACCAGCCUAAUUGUGAAGAGUAUGCUGUAACUCCGAUGUUGGUAGCUCCAGCUCCACCCUGCGCCCCGAAAUAUUGUGAUGAGGAGCCAGCAUGCAUGCCAUGUCUGCCGCGAUGCCAGAAGCCAGUUUACUACUGCUGUACGAAGGAGCCGCCGCCGAAGAGAGACUACUACUGCUGUACGAAGGUGGCUCCGAAGAGAGAUUGUUGUCCACUCCCUCCGCAGACAGUUUGUUGUCCAGUCUCUCCGCAGACAGUCUGCUGCCGUCCACGAUCCACACCACCGCGCCAUGAUUCAUGUGGACAUGGUGGACAUGGUGGACAUGGUGGACAUCCACCACCACAACCACAACAACAAGCUUGUAAUUCUUGCUGUGCCCAACCACCACCAAACAAACCAGUUAAAACCAAGUAUAUUAUUCCUUGCUACAGAUACGAAGACGGAAGAAUUGUGAGAAGGCUACCCGUAUCUGCAUUCAAGCGCAAUGGAAUGCAAGACCAGGAGCACUCGAGGACGCUUGGCACUGCGAAUUUCCUUGUAAGGUGUCCUCGAGACGUGUCCAUCGUUUGUGACGUGCGUACGAACCCCGUCAUGGUGGCCGACCCCGCCAAAGUACCAUCUUGUUCAAAAAGCCCGCUCGGCUGUGUUUAUCUUAAGAAGUCUCCUAUUGAAGUUUCUCUUGAAGAUAUAAUAGACGAAUAAAAUAUUAUUUUAUCGUGGUGUCUGAAGCUUACCCAGCACUAUAAAAACAAAGAAAUGCAGAACUGAGUACUAUGACAAAUUGUAGACGUUACAUAAGAACAGAAUAAUAAAUGGGACUAUCUCACGUAAGCGGCUUUUCUCGUAUUCUUG